AUGUACAUCAAGACCCUGACCAUCCAGGGUUUCAAAUCAUAUCGAGACCAGACGCAUAUCGAGCCAUUCUCGCCAAAGCAUAAUGUGGUUGUUGGCAGGAACGGAAGCGGGAAGAGCAACUUCUUCGCUGCUAUUCGGUUUGUACUCUCGGACGCAUAUACGGCCAUGACCAAAGAAGAGCGCCAAUCGCUCUUACACGAGGGCGUCUCAGUCGCUCAAACCAUGUCCGCCUACGUCGAGAUUAUCUUCGACAACUCAGACAACCGAUUCCCGACUGGUCGCGAAGAAGUGAUUCUGCGUCGGACGAUCGGCGUAAAGAAGGACGAGUACAGUCUGGACAAGAAGAGCUCGAGUCGCGCUGAUGUGAUGAACUUGCUUGAGAGCGCAGGCUUCAGCAAGGCGAAUCCGUACUAUAUCGUUCCUCAGGGCCGCAUCACGAACUUGACGAACGCGAAGGACGGGGAUCGGCUGCAUCUAUUGAAGGAGGUAGCCGGAACCAAAGUAUACGAAGACCGCCGCUCCGAAUCCGUGCGCAUCAUUGAAGAGACCGACGCCAAACGUAACAAAGUGAACGAACUUCUCGACUACAUCAAUACGCGCAUGGAGGAGCUCGAAGAAGAGAAGGAAGAGUUGAAGGAAUACCAGGAGAAGGACAAGGACCGGCGGUGUCUGGAGUAUGCGCUGUAUCAGAGGGAGCUGGAGGACGUUACGGAGGCGUUGGAGGAUCUGGAAGAGGAGAGGGCGACGGAGGUGCACAAUGCGAACGAGAGGAGGGAGAGGUUUAGUGGGCGCGAGCAGAAUAUCCAUGACAUCGAGAAACGGAUAUCUGAAGCCAAGCACAAGCAAUCGACCGCAACCCUAACCCGCCAAGGCGCGCAGGACGAGCUGAACGACCUCAUGCGACAACGUAAAGAACUCGAACUGCGCGUCGACGACCUGCGCGCAGCCGACCAACGGGCGGGCGGCAAGCGGGCCGAGUACGAGGCCGAACUCGAUGAUAUCGAGAGGCAGAUCCGUGGGAAGGAGCAGGAGUUGGCGGAGUUGAUGCCGCAAUGGGAUGAACAGCGCGAGAGGGAGGCAGAGCAGCGCAAGGCAAUUGACACCACGCGCGCCAGGCUCAACGCAUUGUUCGCCAAAAGAGGAAGACAGGCACGAUACAGGACCAAAGCCGAGCGCGACGCGUUCUUACGCGGAGAUAUUGCAUCUCUCGAGGCACAUCGCACGGCUCAGCAGUCUGCGCUCGACGGCGCGCGCACGGCUCUCCAGCGCGCUGAGUCUGCACGUGGCGAUAUAGACGCCCGGUUGACCCAGCUGGACGAACGCGCGAAGGAGAGCAGAGUCCAAGUUCAGAAACUCGGCGAGCAGCUCGCCAAGCUGAACGACGAGCGUGCCAAACAGACAGAGCAGCGCAAGGAGUUGUGGCGCGAAGACGCGAAAGUCAACGCUGCCAAGAGUCAUGCGGCGGAUGAGCUCAAGAGCUCUGAGCGGGCGUUGGCGGGAAUGAUGGACAAGGAUACCGGCAUGGGCUUGAGGGCGGUCGACUCGAUCAAGCAGAGGUUGGGGCUGGAGGGCGUGUAUGGGCCGCUCUAUAGGUUGUUCGAGGUGUCGGAUCCGAGGUAUAAUACUGCCGUCGAGCUCACGGCCGGCAACAGCCUCUUCCACGUGGUAGUCGACACCGAUGCAACAGCCUCCAAGGUCCUCGACAUAAUGCUCAAAGAGCGCACUGGCCGCGUCACGUUCAUGCCCCUCAACCGCCUACACCCGAAGAACCCUCCCCUCCCGAACGCUCAAGACGCUAUCCCGCUCCUCGACAAGCUGCGAUAUGACCCCGCGCACGCUAGAGCGUUCCAGCAAGUCUUCGGCAAGACGUGCGUUUGCAAGGAUUUGACCGUCGCAGCAGCAUAUGUCAAGAGCCACAACAUCAACACCAUCACUCUCGACGGCGACAAGGUCGACCGUAAGGGCGCGCUUACCGGUGGCUACCACGACGUGCGAAGAAGCAGGAUCGAAGGUGUGAGGAGCGUAGCGUCCUGGCGAAAGAAGUUCGACGAGGAAGAUGCCCGAUACGCCGAAGUCAAACGCACGAACGACCGACUCGAGCAGAGCAUCACCCAGCUAUCCGGUCAAAUCCAAGUACUCACGAACCAACAAAUGGCCGCUCGCGCGACCCGCGAUUCGGUCGCUGGUGAAGUCGAGGGGCUGUUGAGGGAGAAGGAGAGGAUCGAGGAGAGGAUUGGGAGGUAUCAGGAGGAUAUCGUCAAGCUUGAGGGCGAGAUUGAAGGGAUACAGGCGAGGUUGGAGGUGCAGAGGCAGGAGUUGGCUGCGCCUAUGGCGCAGGGGCUUAGUGCAGAGGAGGAGGAGAAGAUUGAGGAGAUGCAGAAGGAGCUCGAGGAGAUGCAGAGUGAGUUGAUUGAAAUGAAUCAGGCGAAGAACCAGCUCGGGGGCAGGAAGAACCUGAUUCAAGUCGACAUCAACGAGAACCUCCGACGCAAGCGCGACGAGCUCAGAACAAAGAUCGAAGCGCUCGGCGAACCCGAAGCGGGCGACGCUACAGCUGGCGAAGACCUAGAGUUCCACACGCGCAAGCUGCAGACUCUCAACGCGUCGAUCGAGAGCCUCUCGAAGCGUAUACGCGAUAACGAGAAGGAGAUCGACGCCGCAACGAAGGAGCUCCGCGAGCUCCGAGACCAACUACAAGCUGUGCAGACACAACAGAGCGAGGACAGCAGCUCCAUCUCGAAGCAGCAGAAGAACACCGAGCGGUACAUGGCCAAGCGUAACUUGUUGCUCGGAAGGAAGGACGAGUGUAACAGGAACAUCCGCGAUCUGGGCGUGUUGCCCGAGGAGGCGUUCGAGAAGUAUACGAAGGAGAAGAUGGACCGACUGGUGAAGAAGUUACACGCCGUGAAAGAAUCCCUCAAGAAAUUCGCACACGUGAACAAAAAAGCAUUCGAGCAAUACAACAACUUCACAACUCAACGCGACCAGCUGAUCGAGCGCCGCGACGAGCUGGACAAGAGCGCGGAGAGCAUCAACGAGCUUGUGGAGAACCUCGAUCAGAGGAAGGACGAGGCGAUCGAGAGGACGUUCAAGCAGGUGGCGAGGAACUUCGAGGAGGUGUUUGAAAAGCUCGUGCCGGCGGGACGGGGGAAAUUGAUUAUUCAGCGGAGGAUUGAUCAGGAUGCGGUUGCGGAGGAGGAAGGCGAUACGCAGCAGAGCACGGUCGAUAACUAUACGGGCGUCGCGAUCAAGGUCUCGUUCAACUCGAAGGUUGACGAAGGCCUGAGGAUACAGCAGCUGUCAGGCGGACAAAAGUCCCUGGUAGCGCUCGCGCUGGUGUUCGCGAUCCAGAAGUGUGACCCGGCGCCAUUCUAUCUCUUCGAUGAGAUCGACGCGAACUUGGACGCGCAAUAUCGUACAGCCGUUGCAGCAAUGAUCCACGAGCUAUCCGAGUCGGCGCAGUUCAUCACGACGACGUUCAGGCCGGAGAUGCUCGUUAACGCCAACAAGUUCUACGGUGUACUGUUCAACAACCAGAAGGUCAGCACUAUUCGGACGAUCCAGCAGGCGGAGGCUAUGGAGUUUGUGGACCAGGAGGCGCAGGCGCAGUGA